GACUUCCACAAACUCCUUCAUAAAAUCCCCCUCCUCUUCACACCACCAUACAACAACCAUUAACAUUACCCAAAAUGUUUGAGAUCAUUCAGGCGGGUUUCACCGCCGGGGCUGCAUUGGCUCUCUUGUUAUUCGCCGGUAUAACCCUUGGCGGCUCAGCCGUUGGAUUAGCCGUAAGCACACCGCUAUUUGUCAUAUUCAGUCCGAUUCUUGUGCCAGCAACUAUAGCCACCACUUUGCUAGCUACCGGUUUCACGGCCUCGGGCUCCUUCGGUGCCACGGCUCUCAGCAUUUUCAUGUGGCUUUACAAGCGUUAUACGGGGAAGGAACCGCCAAAGAUUCCGGGAUUGACCCCGCCGGCUCCGGCGUCUAAACCAGCAGGUUCUGGGUGAAAAACGGUGUAGGCCUUUCGUAAUAUGGGAUGAUAUAUGGAGGAACUUGAUGAUACUUAUUUAUUGGGGUUCCUUAAAUAAACCCAAAUUUAUAUAUCCUCUAUUCAAUCAAAUGCUAAUUACGCUCGGUUGAAA